GUUCUUUGCAGGUUUUAGCUAAAGAAUGUCGCUUUUUCAGGCUCCUAGAGAUACUACUCUCUUCCUAGGAGGAGAGAAAAUCAGUGGUGAAGAUGUUCGCAACCAGAACGUUUUGGCUGCUAUGGCUAUUGCAAAUGUUGUGAAAUCAUCUCUGGGUCCCGUCGGUCUCGACAAAAUGCUUGUCGACGAUAUUGGUGAUGUUACUGUAACGAAUGAUGGUGCUACUAUUCUUUCUUUACUUGACGUAGAACACCCUGCCGGCAAGGUACUCGUCGAACUUGCACAACAACAAGACAAGGAGGUCGGUGAUGGAACGACUAGUGUUGUUAUCGUCGCUGCUGAGCUUCUUCGUCGUGCGAAUGAACUUGUGAAAAACAAGAUUCAUCCUACCACCAUCAUUACUGGCUACCGUCUGGCUUUGCGUGAGGCUGUAAAGUUUAUGACGGAAGUUUUGAAGUGUAAUGUCGAGAGCCUUGGUCGCGAUUGCUUAAUCAACGUUGCCAAGACCAGUAUGUCGUCCAAAAUUAUUGGAUCCGAUUCAGAUUUCUUUGCCAGCAUGGUUGUUGAUGCCAUGCUUUCGGUGAAGGCCAUUAAUCCUCGUGGAGAGGUUCGCUAUCCCGUGAAAGCUGUGAACAUCCUUAAGGCCCAUGGUCGCAGUUCCACGGAAUCUGUUUUAAUCAAGGGCUACGCUCUCAACUGUACAAUUGCCAGUCAGGCUAUGAAGACACGUAUUCAAAAUGCCAAGAUUGCCGUCUUGGAUAUGAACUUACAGAAGGCCCGUAUGGCUCUCGGUGUUCAUGUGACGAUUGAUGACCCUGACCAGCUUGAAAAAAUUCGUGAAAGAGAGGCUGCCAUUACUUUGGAGCGUGUGAAAAAGAUUCUUAAUGCUGGCGCCAAUGUUAUUCUCACUACUAAGGGUAUUGAUGAUCUUUGCUUGAAGUCUUUUGUUGAAGCUGGUGCCAUGGCUGUUCGUCGUUGCAAGAAGGAAGACUUACGCCGCAUCGCGAAGGCUACCGGUGCUACGAUGAUCAGUACUUUGUCAAACUUGGAGGGCGAAGAAACUUUUGAGAGUUCUUACCUUGGUUCCGCCGAAGAGGUUUCGCAAGAACGCUUUUCCGAUGACGAAUGUAUUAUCAUCAAGGGCACAAAGGCCUUCUCUUCUUCCUCUAUCGUUCUUCGUGGCCCUAACGAAUACUCUUUGGAUGAAAUGGAGCGUUCUAUUCAUGAUUCCCUUAGCGUCGUCAAGCGGACUCUGGAAAGCGGCAGCGUUGUUCCCGGUGGAGGUGCCGUUGAAACGGCUUUGAGCAUUUACCUCGAGAAUUUCGCUACGUCUCUUGGUUCGCGUGAGCAGCUUGCCAUUGCUGAGUUUGCCCAAGCAAUGCUGGUAAUUCCCAAAACGUUGGCUGUAAAUGCUGCCAAGGACUCUAGUGAGCUGACGGCUAAGCUUCGUGCUUACCAUGCAGCUGCCCAGAAUGCCGAUCCCACUGAUUCAAAGAAGCGUAACUACAAGUUCUACGGUCUUGAUCUGCUGAACGGCACUCUCCGCAACAAUGUUCAAGCUGGUGUGCUUGAGCCUAUGAUGUCCAAACUGAAAAGCAUUAAGAGUGCCGUAGAGGCUUGUAUUGCUAUUCUCCGCAUUGACACAAGCAUUAAGCUGGAUCCCGAAAAGCAACCCGAAGAUCCUCAUGCGGGCAUGCACUAGACAUGUUGUAGUGAAAAAUGUACUUGUUGGAGCAUGCCUUUUCUCAAAAUAGUACUGAUUGUUGGUAAAAUUUAGAAGGAAAAAUGAAGCAAUUAUUUGACAGUAAUGCAAGAUUUCACAUGAGGAAAAAAUGAGGUUCAAUUUGAACAGCUGCAAUUCCCCUUAGUGCCACGUAAUACAUAUACAUGAGUUCAACUGAGUACACUCUUUGAAGCGUAAAAAAAAUAUAUUGCUUAAAUGAAACAUGUACAAACAAAUGACAACCUUUAUAACA